AUGCGCCGAACACAAACUGUUGAGACCCUGGGUUUUCCCGUUCUGACGGGCGGCGCGGAGCUGGGUGCGAGGCUCUGGCGGUACCGAGCGCUGCCGCCGUGCCCGUCACGUUCCGGGCCCCGGAGCGGAUCGCUCCCGCUCGGCCCGGGGACCGAGGGGCACCAAGGCUGGAACAGGCGGGGACCGAGCGGGGAUCGAGGGGGGGAACGAGACGGGACCGAAGGAGGGAGCGAGGCCCGGCCGGCUCCGCCGCCCCCGGGCCGGCCCCGCCCCGCCUGUCGGGUGCCGCGGUUGCCCGCUGCUUCCUUCUCAGUUCCCGAAGGAGGAGUUUCUCAAUGUGAAGAAGGUGGCCAGCACUGGGGCGAGUUUUCUGCCCAGAAUUGGCCCAUUUCAACACGCUGCCAGAUGUACAGGGGACUCCCCCUGGGCAGAGGCAAUGGAUGUGCUUUAUCUGGAUCAGUGCCUACACAGAGAGGUGUGUUUAAAGCUGCCUUUCUUGCAGGACUGGCUCAGUAUAAAGCACUGUCCAAACAGUUGUUGCCAGUUCCCCCGAUAGAGAGCUUGCUCCAAGUUUCCCCACCAGAGAUGGUAUUUCAGAAAUUCGUCGCUCAUGAGGUCUCGGAAAUGGUACUGUCUCUCACAAACAAGGACAAGUCUCCUCGGCUGGUGAAGGUCUACAUGGAGAGAUCACCUUAUUUUGAGCUCGUGUGCCCCAGUGAUGUACGCCACAUCAUCCUACCAGGCACUUCUUCCCAUGUGCGCAUUCGCUUCACCCCCGACGAGACCGAGAAUUACUCCCAUGAGCUCGUCUGCCUCACUGCAAGGGACAGGAUAGUUGUGCCUAUUCAGGCCAUUGCUGCCCAAGCUAUCCUCCUGGACUUCCCUGACCAGCUGGACUUCUCACGGUGCCCAGUCAAGUACAGCAGCCAGAAGACUCUGCUGGUUCGCAAUGUUGGUAACGUGGAAGCUCAUUACCAGCUGAGCACCCAGAGUCCUUUCUGCGUGGUUCCAGACAGGGGAACUCUGGCCGCUGGUGACACCAUGCAGGUGACAGUGGGAUUUCACCCGCUGACGGUCGGUGACCAUUCCGGGUCCCUGGUAGUGUGCUGCAACACAGGUGAGUGUAUCCGCACAAACCUUCACGGAGAAGCUGUAGAUGUCAACGUUCGGUUGAGCACCAAUUCCGUGAAGGUUGAGAACACUUUCAUCACCACAUCAAACUACACAACCGUGUUCAUCAAAAACAGGAGUAACAUCACAGCCCACUUCCAGUGGAAGACUUUUCCUACUGAGGAAGAUGAGAAUAAACUGAAGAGAAGGCAGUGCUAUUUUCUGCAGCCACUGAAAGAGGUGUCGCUGGAAAAAUUCAUUGAGGAGGAAAAUAUAGAGCAGGAGAAGGGCUAUUGUGAAGAUAACACUGCCCUUGUGAGCCACACAGUCCAGGAGGAGAUGGCAAAGGUGAAAGAAGACCCCAUGCUGUUUUCCGAUGACAUUUUUUCCAUUGAGCCCGUGGAGGGAGAAAUUGGGCCGAACUGUUGCGCCAAAAUCAAGGUGACCUUUAAACCUCUAGAAGCACUGGAGUAUCGAAGUGUGGCUUACUGCAACAUCUCAGGCCGAGAGAGCAGGCUGCCCCUGCGCCUCAUCGGGGAAGGCCAAGGACCCUUCGUUGAACUCCGCUCUCAUACACUGAACCUUGGGAACAUUUUUGUCAACACCCCCUACGUCUAUGAGGUGAAACUGAUUAACCAAGCACCUAUUGAUGCUCCCUUCACCUAUAUCUGUACAACUGCAAACGUGGGCUACUGCUUCAAGUUUGCACCUGAGGAGGGCAUCAUUGCACCAGGUGGGAUCCAGACCAUCCAGAUCUCCUUCAAUGCCACCGUACUGGGGAGGUUUGAGGAAGAAUUCCAGUUCAGUGUGGCUGGAUCUCCUACGCCUGCAAUCCUGACAAUCAAGGGAAAUGUCUGUGAACUGACUGUAUACUUCAACGUCGAUGAGCUCAACUUCGGUGACGUUUCCUUUGGCUUUCCCUACACCAUGACCUGUCGCCUCACUAAUGCCUUCCCAGUGUCCCAGAGGUUUAAGCUCCGCAUGUCUGACGAUGGCACUCAGCCUGCUGUUAGUAGCUUUGAUCAAAUACAAAAGCAGAGUGACCCAUCCUGGAGGCAGGGAAUUCAUUUUUAUGUGGAGCCAAGGGAGUUUACAAUGAAUCCCAGCCAAGGGACCAUUGCUCCCCAGGGACACCAGGAUAUCAAGGUGACCCUGUGUUCCAACACCGUGAUGGAUUUCUGCCGGAGAAUGCUGGUGGACCUGGAGGGUAUUGGCAAUGGAGUGGCAUCAGUGACCAUCAUGGCCAGAUGUCUCGUUCCUGAGCUGCGAGUGUACCCUCACGUCCUGCUGUACGACGAGUGCCGCCUCAAGGUGCCCUACGAGAGGAAGUUCCUCGUUGUGAAUAACACCGACCUUCCUGGCUGCUACGGGCUUAUUCCCCAGAAACGCAAGGAGGACACUCCUGUGUUCUACUCCAGCCCCAAACCCUGUGGGAUUGUCCAGCCUCACAGCAUUGCAGAGAUUCCAGUUACAAUCGAAGUCCAAACAUUGGGCAAGCAUCGCACCAGUGUUCUUAUCAGCGUGUUUGGGGAUGAGAGAAACCCACGGAGACAAGAAUUACAGAGCACUGGACAGCUGGCAGACAUCUACCCGAGUCCAAGGCUGAUAGAAUUUGGCAUGAUCCCAGCACUACAGCCUAAUUCACAAACUUUUACCCUCUUCAACAAACGUCUUGUCCCUACAGACUUCAGGGCAGAGAUAGCCUGCAAAGCCCACUGCUAUGUCAUCGAACCCAAAGAAGGAGUGAUCCCUGCUACGGGUGAGGUUCCUGUGACCAUCACAGCAACCUUGGAUGACACUGGGAUUUUUGCUGACACUAUUCAGCUUUUCACUGGGAACAGCCUUUGGACCACCUUCAUGGUGCUGGCUGUGGGCACCGGCACCACAAUUGUCAUGGACAAACCAUUCGUCCCAGAGCUCAGCUUGGGACACCAGUUCAGGCUCGUUCCCUGUAUUUGUCAGUUCAAAGUAACAAACAGGGGCCACCAUUUCCAUCGGCUCUUCUGGAGUGUGGAAUGUCACAGCCCCCCUAAGAAGAAGGGCCAGAGCAUCCCAGCCCUCAGCAGCCCCCUGGCCGAAGAUGAUUGCCAGAGCCCCAAAGGCACCAGCCCCGUGUUUGGGCUGGAGCCACUGUCGAUGGAGCUGCAGCCGGGCGAGUCUGUGGACAUGGUGCUGCGAGGCUUCUCCCCCAUCGAGCAGCUACAAAAACCCAGGGCUGAUCCCAAAGUAGGGGCGGAUGGAAAUGUUGCUCUUUUGAGGACAGAGAAGAUAAUAGAAACAACCAUUACCUGCAAGUUUAUUGAUCCCUCCAUAGAAAUAUCAGCCAGACAAUUCUCUUUCUGGGUGGAGAAGAAACCCAGUGAUGAUGUCCUGACUCUGCAGUACAAGCCUUUGGCUUUAAAGAACACCUGCUUGCUGCCACUCGACCUUAUGCUGGACUUGGAGCAGCCGUUUCUGCUCUGCGAUGCGGACCAGCAGCCCCUCCCGGAUGGCCAGCCUGUGACAGUGGAUGUAGGACAGACCUGUCAUCUCUACAUUGCAUUUGACCCAUCUUAUAAACUGGAUUUUCAUAGCUGGAAGGAAGAGAAGGUUCUGAAGAUAAACAUGGUCAAUGGCCAUCCUUAUGUGGAGUGCAUCACCCUUCGAGGAGAAGUCCACUUCCCCAAUCUCCAAAUCCAGCGCAGCAUCCUGGAGUUUGGCUGCAUCCUGGCUGGCACUGAAGAAGUGCGUUCUCUGGAGAUAACCAACUGCAGCCCACUGCCUGUCCAGUACCACUGGUCAUUCCAUUCAGACGGCCAGGUGAACAGGCUGAGGUCCCUGUUCAUAGUUACAUUAUUUUCCAGGCAUGAGCAUUACCCACCUAAGUUCAAACCCCAACCACCAAAGGAGAAGAGAACCUGCUUGGAUUACUCGGCACCUCAAAGGAGACGCUUCAAGAUUAGAAAUGGGGAGGACUCAGGCACAGCCCUCAGAGAAUCGUGGGAUCCUGCCCAGUCUUCAGGAGCAGAGGUUUUCAGUGUCCUGCCGCAGUCGGGUGUGCUGCAGCCAGGAGAGAGACAGAAGGUUUCCUUCAAGUUCUUUGGCCACUUCAACACCAUCGCCAGUGUCACGGCGCUGUGCCACGUGGAGGGAGGCCCCACCUACGAGGUGGAGCUGACUGGGGAGGCCUCAUGCAUCAGCUACGCCCUGAGCCUCCAGGAGAUCAACUGCGGCUUUCAGAUAUUUAAUGAAAUUUGUCACAGCACAGUCACCCUGGCGAACACUGGCAACACUGAAUUCAACUGGGUGCUAAAUCCUAGCACUGCAGAGCAACAUCUGCCUGGCGUGUUUCUGGUCAUCCCCCCCACUGGCUCCGUUGCACCUGGUGAGAAGCAAGUGCUGAAAUUCUCUUACAUGCCAGGAGUACCAGGAGCCUUCAGCAGGACUUUCCAGCUUAAAGUGGGUGUCCUGGACCCGGAAAAUAUCUGCCUGAAAGGAGAAGCAUUCUUUCCUGUGAUCAGUGUGAACCUGCCCUGGAACAUCAAAGGAAAUGAAAAAUAUGAGAAGCUCAUAAAACCCCUGCAACAAUACAGUCAGAGGAAUCAAUCAGUUGUUCAGAAGACUCAGAGUCCGAAGACUAAGACCUUCAAGUUUCAGACUCCAAAGACUCAGACCCUGAAGACUCAGAACCUGAAGCCCCACGCACCUGGCUUUGGCACUGUACCAAACACUGAGCUGCAGAUAGAGACGGUGAUGAUGCUGAUAGAGGAGGCUGCUCUGGAGCUGCAGGAAAAGCUCCCAUCCCAUCCCCCAUACAGCAGGUUCCCUGACAAAAAGCUGCGCCAGAGUCUUGUCAAAGUUGAGCUGCCUGAAUAUGUGCUGGACAUGGGCACUGUACGUAAGGGUUACACUAAGAGACGCACCCUGGUGAUCACCAACCCUGGGCAGAUCCCAGUGUCCUUCCAGGUCGAUGUAUCUGCCCUGCAGGACACAGGUUUCAGAGUGAAUCUGGACCAGAUGCAGGGUCUGCCUCACAGACACACCAUAAUGUUUGAGGUGUGCUUUGAAAGCACCCACCGGCAACGGGGUGACGUGGAUGUGCUGCUGCCCAUAGAGGUGGCAAAAGGCCCCACGUAUAACAUCCACCUCCAUGCCACUGUGUUGGAAGGGUGGCUCAACCUCUCCAAGAACACACUGCAGUUCUCUGAUACCCUCGUUGGGCAGUGCCAGAUUGAGACAGUCCAGCUCUACAACUGGUUCCAUGUACCCUGCAAGUGGUUCAUUACUGCCAUCAAGCCUGUCAGGAAGGACAAUCAACGCAAACGCAUUACACCAGCCAUGUGUCAGAAGCAGCAGGUGCUGGAGGAUGAGCCCUGUCCCUUUGAAGUGACGCCCUCCAAAGGAACCCUCAAUCCAGGAAGGUGGCAGAACUUACAAAUCCAGUUUACACCCAAGCAGGAGAGGUCUUACAAGAAUGAGCUGAAGCUUAACGUUUGUGGAAGCAGCAAUCACUUAAAGCUGCACCUCUCAGGACAGGGUCUAGAGCCACGGUUGGAGUUUAGCCCCCCAGCACUCAAGAUGGGAUGGGUGCUGGUGGACAGCGAUGGGGUGGACGCCACAGUGGUGGUGAAGAACCCAUGCAGCUUCCCUGUUGAGUUUUACUCACUGGAUUUUGAUGAGCAGUACUUUGAGGAAGAGAAGAUCCUGUGGAUGGCAGCGGGGUCUGAGUACCAAAAGAACUUUCUAAUGCCUCCAUGCACCGUGGGUGGGAUGCUGCCCCCAGAGGCACUGGAGGACUGUGAAGCACAGAAGAGGCUGAAGGCUCAACAGGCAGAGCUCAAGGCCAUGGCAGAGGCUGAGGCUGAGGCCGAGGCCAUAGACAAGGCAGCACCAGCAUAUCAUGGGGCUGUCACACCCUCUCCUGAGCCCAUGGUGGAAGUGACUGGGAGCCCUAUCUCUCAGGCUGUCAUGCGCCACCUGGGCAUCGACCCAUCUUCAGAGAGGCAUGAAGCACAGCAGGACAGAGGGAUUGUUGUUAUUGUCCAUGGGCCACCCCGGUCAGGUUCUUCCAAGGCCUGUCCCUGUAAUUCCUCGUAUGCAAGUGUCACCAAGCAGUCCUCCUCUCUCUCAGGAAAGACAGAGAUAGUGGCAGCCCUGUGUCACUAUUAUGGCACUGCUCACUUGUCCAUUGACACCAUGGUGAAAGAGGCCAUUGCCAAUGAUCAGAGCCAAGCAGGGCGCCGCGCCCAGGAGCUUUGCACCAAGGCUGCCAUGGAGCUGAGAGGCGAAAACCAAGAUGAUGCUGGUAAAAAGCCUCUGCUUACUGCUCAGACCAAGAAUAAACAAGCCUCUGGGGGAAAAAACAACAUGAAGAAGAAGAGUUCCAAAGGCAAGAACCCUCCAGCAAUAAAGAAGAGGAAGCCAGCCAGCAAACCCAACAAAAAGGACACCAAGCAGCUGAACAUCAUCAGCAGUCAUGGGGAAGAUCUGAACUGCUUGAGCUGUGUGCUGCCCGAGGACCUGUUGGUGGACAUCCUCUGUGAGAGGCUGAAGCAUGAAGACUGCUCCAAGGGAGUGGUCUUUGAUGGCUUGCAGAGCCUCUUCACAAGCAGCCUGGAAUCUUCUCUGCUCUGUGUAUUCAAAGCUGUCAACAAUCGUCAUCAUAUCUACAUGGUGAACCUGCAUCAGGAUUAUGCUUCCUGGAAAGCCAAGGAGGAAGCUGAAAGAGAGAAGGAAGAAUGGCAGAGGAAAAAACCUAUUCAGAGGAGCACAGAAUAUGUCUUGCAAAUGGAUGAGGAUGAGGAUGAUGCCCUUCCUGAGAAGAAAGCUCUAGUGGACAAAAUAAUACCAGAAAGGAAGUGUAUACAGAGAGAGAGGGAGCUGAAGCGGCUGGCUCAAAAGCUUGAGGAGGAAGCAAAAGCCUUAGAGGAGGAAGAGAAGAUUCAGGGUUCUGUACAGUUACCUGUGAUCCAGAAUGGAAACACAUCCCAGCCUUCAGCUGAAAACAAGCUUCACAAGACCAUAAAGCCUCAGGAGAAGGUGGAGAAGAAGCCUGAACAAAAAUGUGGAGGCCAAAGGAGUCUUCAGUCAUCUCAUCUGGAGACACGAAGCGAAGUUGCAGAAGGGACUGUCAGAGAUGAGCAUGUCGGGGUGUGGUGCUUGGACAUCCAGGUCACAGAUCCAAAGGCCAUGAUUAGGGAGAUCCUGAGGGAUGGGAGGCUGCCAACAAAAGAUAAGAUGCUGAGACAUCUGGGACUGCAUCCCGAAGGGCCUCCCCUGCCCCCUGCUGCUGUCUUCUCCGUAGUCAACUACCCAGAGGAGUGGUUGGGUUCUGCAGAGUGUGUGAAGCCCUUCACCAUUGUUGCACCGGAAGGUGCUGCUAUGGAAGACAAUCGGGCCAAGGCCCCAGAUGCCAAGGGCAGUUCUGCCGAGGGCCAACCAAAGACACAUAAAGCAGCCAGCAGAGACAACUCUCCAAAGGAGAACCAGAUCUCCACACACAGAACAGAAAGUCCCCAGGAUUCCUCUGCAACCAGAUCCAAAAGUGUGCUGAAAAGAGCCUCAACCCCCACAGAAUUCCACAGGCUGAAACGGUACCGAUGGAUAGUGCCUGGCCACGGUGAGGUGGAACUGAAGGUCCACUUCUCCACCAAAAGGCCAGGGAAGUUUGAGCACACGCUGAGGUUUGAGCUCGUGGAGACAAAGCGCCAGUACGAGCUGCCCUGCAGUGGCACGGGCGUGUACCCCAGCAUCAGCCAGAACCCGCGGCUGGUGUUUCCACAGUGGAGGGAGACCAUGGAGGCAGAUGAAAUCAUCUUCAAGGAAUAUGUUGAGAGCACAAAGCAAUUCCACUUUGGACCUCUGCUGUGUGGGAAAUCAAGAGAGUGGUACAAGGCCCGGAACUGUCCCGGCAACUCAGAGAAUUUAACCAUCCUCAACAACUCCCCUGUGGAUGCAGAGGUCCAGUUCUCCUUUGAGAAUGAUGGGAAAGCAGAGACAUUUCUUUUGGACCCUCCCAGCAUGACACUCAAACCAAAGGAGAAGCAGGAGCUGACCAUUUGGGCAUACCCCACUUCCCCUGGCUUCCUGGAAGACAAACUCAUCUGCUGCAUUGAGAAGAACCCAGACCCAGUGGUUUUCAGCCUGUGCUGCCAUGGGGUGCACGUGAUGCUGGAGGUCAGCCCCCUGGAGCUGUCUUUUGACAAGCUGCUUCUGCACAGGACUGACAGCAGGACCUUGGUCCUGAAAAACAACACCCUACUGCCCAUGGCCUGGAAGCUCACUGGGCUGGAUGACCUUGUUGAGGCCUUCUCCUUGUCACAAGAUAACGGCAUCAUUGAUCCCCGCUCAGAGUUUGAUGUGACCCUGAAUUUCAAGGCCGAGCAGAUUGGCAGCAUUGAGAAGACCCUGCGACUAGAGGUUUCAGAUACAGGAAACGUCCUGGGGAUUGUUCAGGCUGAAGACAUUGAGAUCUCUGCAGAAGUCUGUGAUGUUUCUCUGAGCAUCGACAUGCCUGAAGGUCCAGAUGGAAGCUUGGAAUUUGGAACCAUUAAUGUCCUGGAAAAUGUGAAGAAAGUCCUGAGUCUAAAGAACAAAGGGAUGUACAACAUUGAGUACUGUUUUGUGCUGAAGAAUGCAGGUCCCAGGAUGCAAGAUUUGGCAUCCCACUUCACUAUUGAGCCUCAGUCGGGCAUGCUGAUUGCCUCCCAGCCUGGUGUGAAUGUUGAGAUGGUCUUCCACCCCACAAGGGAAAUGCUCCUCAAGAACAAACCCAUCCUGUACUGCCAGGUGACAGAUGCCAGCUCAGGGGAAGGAAGCCAGACUGUUGCCACCAUCCCAGUGAGGGUGUCGGCAAAAGCUGUGUACAGCAAGUACAGUAUUGAGCCUGCCUCACCCAUCAACUUUGGGGCCAUGCUCAAGGGCACCAAGAAGACCCAGACUGUUGUGCUGGAGAACAGAGGCAUGCUCAACUUCAAAUUCCACAUCCUCCAAGCACCCGAGGAUGCAUCUGCAUUGGCAAGCAAAAGCUCAAAGCAAGAGGAAUCCUCUCCAUCAGGAACAAAGCUGAAAUCAAGCUCCUUGACACAGGGUUACCUCAGUCUUGGCAUGUUCACGGUGUCCCCCUGCUCCGGCUCUGUCGCUCCAUGGGGCCAGCAGAAGAUCACAGUGGAAUGCCUCGCAGGGCAGGAGGGGACAUGUGAGGGGCAGCUCUACAUUGACAUCACAGGCAGAGACCCCAAGGACAAUCCCCUGGGCAUUCCCUUUACCCUGAUUGCCGAGUCCUGCCUCCCAGCACUUGUUGAGGAUGUCACGUUAACCUUCGAGGAGUACCCGAUCUGCAGCAGCACCAACCUCAGCUGCAAGCUGCGGUCAGUCAAAGGCACGGGUCUGUUUGUCAGAGAAGAGAACAAAUUUGUCUUCACCAAGGUUCUGGUUGGGCAAGAGGCUGAAGCUCAUUUCAGUGUCUACAAUACAAGUGGUCUGCCAUGUGACGUGGUCCUCUCCAACAAACCCCUGCCUGGAAAGGAAAAAAGCCCUAUCAAUAACAUUUUCAAGUUGUAUCCUGACACGAUGUCCAUUCCUGGCUCAUCCAAUGCCAUUGCUACGGUGACCUUCACCCCACUGGAGGAGCAGAACUACAGCUGUAUUUUCAAGGCUUCCCUUGUCAUCCCAAAAAGUGGGAAGGGGCAUGAGCCACAGGUGACAGUCGUGUGCCCAAGUGCUCACAGCAAGAGGGGAAAUGCUGUGCUGCGCUUCAAGAGACUCCGGGUGGGGGAUACAGAGAUGCUCCCCCUGGUCAUCCAUAACAAUGGCAUCGUACCUGUCAAGUUUAUGUUACACCUGGAGGAUGAGCACGGAGCAUUCUUCUUGAAAGGCAGGGGCUCCACACUCGAGAGAUUCUACACUGAAGAUGUGGAAGAGGACUGCGUUGGAAAUGAGAGCAAGCCCCCAGAGAAGCCUUUCUUCCUUCUGCAUCAUGGGCAAUCGACAAAUAUUGAUGUCAUUUUCAAACCCACCUUGACUCAACAUCUGGAAGGGAAGAUUUGUGUGUUACUGGAAGACAUCUACUCUAAGAAGACCCUAAUAGAGCUGGUGGGUGAAGGCCACAAGGAUGAAUUCACCCUUGAUGGACUAGAGGAAGACACAGAUGAGAGGAGAGCUAAGCGCAGUCUGAAGAAAGACAUUAUUGAUGCUGUCAGAUUGAAUCACAUCCAGUUUGGGGACUGUCCUGUCGGGAGGCCCUACCGCAGGACCUUCACCAUCACCAACCAUACCAGUACGAAGGUCAUGCGCUUUGAGUGGGAGGCAGACGCCGCAUUCCAGUUCUCCCCCAAGAUGGGACACCUCCACCCUGGAUGUGCCAAGGACAUCACAGUCACCUUGAAAUCAGAUGUCCCAGCCACCUUCAGGAGGCACCCUGUGAAAUGUAAGGUGAUCAAGACCAACUCUGAGCUACCACAAAGGAAGGUUGAGGACUGGGAGGACCGAAUGUGCAUUGUCACAAGGGAGGAUACCACCAGGAAAGACAUGGCAGCCAACCGGCCUGUGAAAAAGAAGAUGGUCCAGACAGCCCCAGAACCAGAACCGGCACCGGCUUACACUGUGGAUGAGAGCAUCCAGGAGGCCAAGGUGUACCUCAGUGCUGUUGUUGGCUACACCGAGUUCAAACAGAACCUGAUAAUGGUUCAGCUCAAGGACACCUUGCCCAACCAGACAAGGAAAGACAUUUUCAGGAUACACAACACAGGAAAUAUAACCCUGGAAUACAGCUGGAUGGAAGCUGCAGAUAGUAAAGCAGUGAAGAAGCCAUACUCAACCACUCGGACGGGAGCUGAGCCAGCCACUGGGAAGAGCCACACGCUGGGUCAGGACCUGGAAGGGGGUCAUCUCUUUGACAAGUCUGAGACUGGGAAAAACAAUGGUGUAAUGAAUGACAAAAAAGACCUGCCACUGUUCUCCAUCCACCCCUGCCACGGCAUCAUCCCUCCUGGCCAAAAGCAGAUCUUUCACGUGCUGUUCUCCCCAAAGCAUGUGGGGAAGUUUAGGACCAGCAUACUCUUCAGGACUCAUAAGCUGGAGCCGGCUCUGAAGAAGGUAGAGGUGAUUGUGAAAGGCAGAGCCCAGGAGCAGGAGUGUCUUGAUAAACCAAAACGCUCUGCGUUACGGCAGACAGACAAAGGCCAAGGACCCAAGAAGCAGCAUCCAGCAGGAGCCAGCAACAUCGUGUCUUCUGCUGCUGAUGGUCUCCCACCCUUCACCAGAGACCUCUGCAGCUACCCUUGCAAGCUCCAGUGA